AUGGCUAGAAUACGAGGUUUAGGUCGUGCUAUAGGUAGACUUAUAGACAGAGAUAGACAUGAUGACCAUGAUGCAGCUGAUGUUCCCGAGAGGCGUAGGCCUACUGCCUCAGCCCGUAGGCAACGGGUUCAUCAAAUGACUGCGGAUGCACCUGAUAUGGCUGAGGAUGUUGCUGACAUGACUAAGGAUGUUCCUGAUCUGGCUGAGGAGGCACUUGAGAUGAUUGCGGACGUACAGGGUACUGAUGGUGCUAAGGGGUCAGAUGUUGAUGAUGUUGAGGGAUUCCUUGGUGAGCCACGUGACCCGUCAGUACUGACAUCAUUUGCGGACCAUGUUGCUCACGCUGUUUGGAGUGGACAGGAACAUCCUGAUUUGAAGUUGGUGUCACAUGGGAGGAAGGUGACAUUGAUUGGAAGACCAGUGCUUGAGAUUGAAGGACUGGUAGGUGCUACAGGAUUAAGUCCACUGAUCGAUUGUUCAGUUGUUACUGGCGAUCUUGGACUUGUAUCCGCAUUUGUGGAGAGGUGGUACAGCGAGACCAGCACCUUCCACCUUUCGGUAGGAGAGUUGAUGAUCACAUUGGAUGAUGUGUCGUCACUCCUCCAUUUGCCUAUCACUGGCGCGUUGCACAAUUUUCAUGCUCUUUCUGCGGAGGAGGCGAUCUUUUUGUUGACCGAGUUGCUAGAGGUGUCUGCUGAGGAGGCUAGAGCCGAGACAACACGAUCACGUGGAGCAUACUUAGAUGAGGCUUCUUGGACCACCACACGACAGAUUGCUGGGUACCUGACUCUACUACAGUGCUGGAUCUAUGAGCACUUUCCUAGUGUUCAUCAGUGCGUCGCAGAUGAUGCAUACCAGGAGAUGUCCUCACGUGCUUCCCGGUGGCUGACGUCGAAGGCGCAUAUGAAGGGAAUCACAGGAGCACCUUACAGGGCACGUUGUGAUGCUUUGACCGUCACAGAUGUGUCCUGGUUGCCUUACACUAAGCAUCAGGGGGUUAGGGCCUUUGAGCUUAUUUCAUCAUUCCAGGGUCAGCUGAGAUGGGGUCCUAUGGUGGUCACAGCUCGACCAGAGAGGGUGGAUGAUUAUGACGGCUAUGAGGUGAUUGCACAGAGGUUGGAGCGUGUGCUCAACCUUAGGAUGGUCACUGCAGGCAUAGAGUUAUAUGAUAUUAUGCAGGAUUGCCUGACGAUCGCCAGAGGGGGAGCCAGUGCUGAUGGAAGUGUCAGGGCUCGACAGAGACGGCGCACAGAGCAUUGA